AUGUAUUUGUCUCUUAAGUAUAUCUCGAUGGCCUCAACCAUGCUCAAACACCUUCUUUUCUUCACUGUAGCUGUCUUCGCUACUUCUUGGAUUGCCCAAGCAAGCGAUCCAGAUAUCUUGUCCGACUUCAUAUUCCCCGCAGAUUCUAAUGCCAUUAAUGGCAGUUUCUUCACCUUUACUGGAAUGCGAGGAGUGCUUGAUUCCUCAGUCCCACCAAACUUUAAGGUGACCAAAGCUAGCAUGGCUGAGUUCCCGGCUCUAAAUGGUCAGAGUGUCUCUUUCGCUGUUCUCCAGUUCCCUGCAGAGGGUGUAAACCCGCUUCACACCCACCCCCGUUCUGCAGAGCAUCUGUUUGUCGUGGAAGGUGCCCUUGUGGUUGGUUUUGUUGACACCACCAACAAACUCUACACUCAGACUCUCGAACUCGGGGACAUGUUUGUGUUUCCUAAGGGACUAGUGCACUUUCAGUACAAUGCUAAUGCCCAAGAACCGGCCGUCGCUAUCUCUGCCUUUGGCAGUGCAAAUGCUGGAACUGUUUCAGUUCCCCUCUCUGUGUUCACUACUGGCAUCGAUGAUGGAAUCCUGGCCAAGUCUUUCAAAACCGAUGUUGCUACCAUUCAGAAGAUCAAGGCAGGACUUGGGGGCAAGGCCUAAGUUGGAAUGGCACUCCGUUCUUCAUCUACAUUCAGUGCAUACCUUUUACCAUUACCUUCAUUUCAUUUUAAAAUGUUUUCUUCCUUUGAAAUAGAUGAUCACUAAUAAGUCGAUCUAAAGCAAAGGUGCUAUAGAAAAACUGAUAUUUCAUGUUGCAUUGAUAAGAUCAGUGUAUUGAUGUAAUGGAACUCUUUUC